AUGGCGGUCGGAAAGAAUAACAAUAAGAUGGGGAAAAAAGGCGGCAAGAAGAGCGUUGAUCCGUUUUCCCGUAAAGAGUGGUACGAUAUCAAAGCUCCGUCGAUGUUCUACAACCGUCAGGUUGGGAAAACGUUAAUCAACAAAACGCAAGGAACCAAGAUCGCCUCGGAAGGGCUUAAGGGGCGUGUGUUCGAAGUUUCUCUUGCUGACCUGAACGAUUCUGAAGCUGACUUCAGAAAGUUCAAGUUGGUUUGUGAGGAUGUGCAAGGCAAAAAUAUCCUUACGAAUUUUCAUGCCAUGUCUAUGACACGCGACAAGCUCUGCUCAAUUGUUAAAAAGUGGCACACUCUUAUUGAAGCGAACGGUGUCUUUAAAACAACUGACGGUUACGUAUUGCACUUGUUCUGUAUCGGGUUUACAAAACGGUCGCCAAACCAAGUUAAGAAGACGACGUACACCAAGUCGUCGAAGGUGCGCAAGAUUCGAGCAAGAAUGCUCGAGUUGAUGAAGAAGGAGGUCUCUGGAUGUGAUCUGAAAGAAGUAUGCUCUAAGUUAAUCCCAGACUCCAUCGGCAAGGACAUAGAAAAAGCGUGCCACGGGUUAUAUCCCCUUCAUGAUGUUUACAUUCGUAAGGUGAAAAUCCUUAAGAAGCCUCGUCUUGAUAUAGGACGCCUGAUGGAAAUGCAUGGUGACUCCGUUACGGUUGGGGCUGAUGGUGAGAAAGUAGACCGUCCUGAUGAUUACGAACCUCCCAUUCAAGAGAGUGUAUAA